AUGGGCUUUGCAGUCGAUGCUUGGACGGAAGAUGGUACUCCUUUUGUCGCCAUUAUCGCCAUCACCUCCACCGACAAAUUCCUGCUGUGCUUUUCGACAUUGCCGGAUGAAUCUGACACGAAUGCCGACGCCACUAUUGACCUGUUUGAUUACGUGCUCGAUACGUACGGAAUAGAUGCUGCCACUCAGAUGUGCUUCUACGUGUGCUAUCAUGCUUCCGUGAACGUAGCCAUCGCGAGGAAAACGUCUGUGUCGGUGAUAGGCUGUACAAGCCAUCGGAUGAAUCUAGCGAUGCAAGCGCUCAUGAGCGACUACACUGACUUGCUUGAAAAGGUGCACAGACUGAUGUCGAAGCUGAACACGAUCCAAAACCGCCACCGACUCCGCGAGGCCGACGCAUUGAUGCCGACUUUCGGUAAUGCAACUGGUUGGAGUAGUACUUUUGCGAUUAUCGACCGUUACUUUCAAAUCUACAAGAAGCUAGACCGUGUUGAUGACGACCUAGUCGACUUUAUCCCUACGCCUUGA